AUGUCGUAUGGAAUGCAUCCUCCACAGCCACCACAUCCGCCUCAAGAUUCACAUCUGCGAGAUCGAAUCGACAAAAUGGCUUCAUUUGUGGCCCGAAGUGGACCGAGUGUCGAGGAAACGACUCGCCAAAAACAGGCUGGAAACGAGCAAUUUUCAUUUUUGUUUGAGGGCGAUCUAUACAACUCCUACUACAGAUACCGCGUUGAUAUGGAAGUGGCUUUUAUUAGAGGUUUGCCGCCGCGACACCACUCAGAAGUGCCCUUUUCAAACAAUGCACUGAAUCAAUUUGACCCUCAAAUUGUAAUACAUAAGAUUCAACAAUGUAAAGCAGCCAUUCAACAAAGUGAGGCGAAUUUGAGUGGGCAAAGAGAUUCGAUUCCAUUGAUUAAAGAGGCCCAGCUAUUGCAAGCGAUGCUUGAAGCCGAGAACUGCAAAAUAGCAAGAUUACUUCAGUCCGUUCAUUUGGACGUAUCUCCACUCGCACACAUGAUGGAAGAAUUAUAUGGACGGGCAUCAAAGGACGUUGUGGUGAACUGCAAAAAAUGGAUCCUCGACAAUUGUACAACGGAUCAAAUACGCGAAAUCUUGUUGAUGUACUUGCUACAUCGUGUCCGUGAAAGUCAAUCAAACGACAACUUCAAAAUUCACAUCUUAUAUUUAAUCAAUGAUUGGGCACAUUAUUGUCAACGAAAAAAACUGGACACUCAAACACAAAUGUUAUCCCGUUAUGUUCCAAAGAUGUAUGCAUGGGUAUCUGAAUGUGCUCAAGACAGAAUGACUGUAACGGAAAAACUUGAUAAAUUGCUGGGAACCUGGGAAGGGCACAAAUACUUUAACGAUCAAUGCUUUAAGCAAUUGCGCAAUCCAUCUAUGAUUUUUACGACCGAGAAGACUACUUUAUAUGGAGAAUAUGGACAUCUCGCUCAAUCAAUCGAAACCAAUCUAGUGGCCAUGCUAGCGGGGUAUGAGGCACAGCAUAAAGAAUUUUGUGCACACCAAGUGAGGGAAAUCAAAAGGCUUGAGAAUCAAAUCGAACUUUCAGAAAGACCAGAUGUACCAAAAUCACUUCUAGCAAUGGAUAUAGCUCCUCCUGCUGAUUAUGAGGGCCGACGGCGUUCUCGGUUUGACCAAUCAGCCCCUUCAAGAUUCCCCCGAGAACAUCCGGAAAAUUCAAGCUUUGAAAGUCCGCAGAAAAAUCGACAAGAUCAAGAUGAAGACGACAUUGAUGGAGUUGAAUACAACGAAGAGGAUCUCAUUCCAAAAUGCGAAUAUUGGGAUACACCGGCUGGCUUAAUGAAAGCUCGAAUUGAUAUGCAUGAAUUUACGUACAAGGCAAUGGAUCCAAAUGCUAUUCGCCUUGAACCACCAAUGCCUCCAUCAGCUUCUCUUCGGCACGCUAUACAAAUGUUUUAUGCGGAAGGCCCCGAUUUGCCACCACGAGACGAACUUGGGUGGGAAGCUGGUGGACUGGCUGCAUUCUUUGAACGAAAAAUGCACAUGAAGAGUAUCCAAACGGAAAAGCUCAUAGCGGAUGGGAAAGAUCCAGGAGAAAUGAUUACGAACAAGAUGUCUCAAGAAGAUUUCGAUGAAGAGAUGCGAGAACAAGAAAGAGCACGACGUGAAGCACGACAAGCUGCCAUUGAUUCUCGAAGAAGUCGAUCAAAAAGCAGAACAUCUUCAUCAUCACGUUCAAGUUCGAGAAGUUCUUCUAGAAGCCGUCGGAGAAGACGUUCCCGAUCUGCCUCUUCCGAUCGCCGUCGUGAUUCAUCCCGAUCUUUGUCACGCUCUCGUUCACGUUCACGCAGUUCUACCCCUGGAGCAUAUAGACGGCCUCGGUCUCCAACUCCUGAGAAUUAUAUGCCUCCAAUGUCUGCUUUUAUGCAAACUAGAGCGCCUGCAACGCCCCUCGGAAUGGAAAACAAAGGAGCUCAACUUAUGGCCAAAAUGGGAUGGAAGGGAACCGGUCUUGGGGCAAAUGAAUCCGGGAUUCAAGCGCCAAUCAAUGCGGGUGAAGUGAGAGAGAAAGGAGAAAUGUAUAAGGGGCUCGGUCAAGGCACUGAUAUGUACGAGUCCUACAGGAAGCAACUCAGCGGUGGAUAUCAUGCGCGAAAUGCCAAAUUCCAUGAGAUGAAAGAACGCGAACAACGACGGUUUAAC